UUUGAAAUGACAAGUUUGCCGCGGCCCGUGGGGCUGUUUGUGCUGGCUGUUUGUGCAGAACGCGCUCUUUACCAAGAGCUCCGCAAAAGACAGUCUGUUGCCUUACAGCCGUGCAUGAAGACACGGCGGGAAAUCGCUUUUGCCAGGAUUUCCAGCGGUAUUGACAUAUCAGCGCGUGGGUGGGAUAUGGAUGUUAUUCCCAUGUGUAGUAUUUUCCAGGAGCUGCAAAGUGUCCUUGAUACGGGAUACCUUUCCGCAUUACCAUCUUUAGAGGAAUACUGGCAACAGACAUGUCUUGAGCUUGAGCGCUAUCUGCAGAAUGAGCCCUACGUCUCUGCAGCUGAUCUGAGAUCAGUGUGUGAGUCCGACGAUCUGUGGAACCAGUUUCUGCGUUGCUGUGGGACAGCUGGAGCGAAUUCACCCCGGCAGGAAGUCUCCAUCCCCAAGCAUGAGGGAAUCCUCAGGACCCCACCUCCAAUGGCACUCGGAGAAUGUUUAUCAGUCGCCAGCAGUGAGAUAUCAGACAGCUGCGAGAAGAUCAGACCAUCUGCUAAAGUGCACACACACCCACUGGGUCAGCACAUAUCUGAGCAGGAACAUGUAAUAACACACACGCCCCUGCCGCCGUCCUGUUCUCCACUCUCUGCCAAGGAGAUCACAGACAGAGCGGCGCUAUCUCUUAUAGAUGGAUUUGUUGCAGGGGUCAGUACAGAUGCUGAGAGGAUGGGAGAGGGAGAGGUCAAAGGUGAGGGGUCACCUGAAGGACGAAAGAGGGCUCAUCGCUGUAAUUUUAAUGGGUGUAGGAAGGUGUACACCAAGAGCUCCCACCUCAAAGCACACCAGCGCACACACACCGGUGAGAAGCCGUACAGUUGUUCGUGGGAUGGCUGUGAGUGGCGUUUUGCUCGAAGUGAUGAAUUGACAAGGCAUUUCAGAAAACACACCGGAGCGAAACCCUUCAAAUGCAGCCACUGCGACAGAUGCUUCUCUCGUUCCGAUCAUCUGGCCCUGCACAUGAAACGACACAUCUGAACGUGAGGAGUGAGGGAUCGAAAGAAUGAAAGAAUGCAGAAUGAGCCACACUCUGAAGUCAAGCUGUAUCUGUGGCAGAAAGUGAAAGCCAAGAAAGAAGAGAGAAAUGGAAUGAAAAAACCCUGGGAGAGCACAACAAUGAAGAGUGUGUGUGUGUUUGUGUGUACUUAGCUAUAGUUUGGGGACAAAUUUGCGCCCAAAAGUAAGCUAAAUCGGACAAAACCUACUUCCCUUUGGGGACAUUUUCGUAUGUCCACAUUUGGAAAAAUGAUCCAUACAUAAAUAAAAUAACUACUUUUAAAAUUCUAAUAAUGUGCAGUUGUAGCUUGGCGCUAGCAAUGCCAAGAUCAUGGGUUUGAUUUCCAGGAACACACAAAAUGAAAAAUGUAUACCUUGAAUGCUUUGGAUAAAAUAGUCUGCCAAAAUGUAUAAAUGUAAUAAUGCAAAAAGUUUUCUGUUUGGGUUAGGGUUAGUUUAUAGUAAUUAUAGUUAGCUUUAUAUAAAACUGGUAGAAGUCUAUGGUUUGUCCCCAUUUAGAUGGCUGAGCAAAUGUGUGUGUCUGUGUGCGUGUGCGUGCGUGUGUGUAAUAAGUCGGUAAGUGUGUGGAGUGGACUUUAGAGUGUUAAUGUUGCAAAUUUUGCACCCUUUUAAUGUGCAUGCUCUAUAAUCUGGUGCUAAAAGUAAUACAAACCUGUGCUAGCCGUAUGUUGCAGGCUCAUUAAAUAGCUAGUACAAAGUUUUAAAGGAAUAGUUCACCCAAAAAUGAAAAUCCGCUCAUCAUUUACUCACCCUCAUGUCAUCCCAGAUGUGUAUGACUUUCUUGUGUGAUGAGUGAAUUUUCAUUUUUGGAUGAACUAUUCUUUUAUUUUUGGUCCGUCUUAAAAAGAUUAGUCAUAACCAAAUGUAUGAUUUGGUUGCAAAAGCUUGGUUACUAACAUUUUAUAAAUAAGCUAUAAAGCUCUACAAUAUAUUCAAGGUUCUAGAUUCUAGAACCGUCAUUCCAUUGUAGAAGCAAGCUAUUCCAUUUGGUACGAAAAAGUUUGCUCACCACACAAUUUACGUUUUUGUAGAAUUAUACUUAGAGAAAUUAUAUUGAAAAUUGUUAAAGUGUGGUAGAAAAGAAUAGAUUAAAAAACAGACAGAUACACCCAGAGAGAAUGAGUGAGAAUGUGUGUGGUUCGGCAUAAGAAUUCCUAUGCCAUUUUUGUAUGCCAGGAGUGUUAUUCUACUUGCCAAAGAGUUGUAUUCAAACCCAACAAAAGUGUGUGUUUGUAAUGGACUUAGUGGUAUAGCUUCUCUAUACCAUGUGUAUGCUCAAAAACAGAUUUUGCUACAAAGUUUUUAUAAACCUUUAAAGCUAAAGUAACACUCUGCUUUAUCAUGCAGAGGAAAUUAUGUUAUCUAGAGCAGCUAUAUGUUUGUGUAGUUUUGUGAGAUACAUAUUUGAGAUUAAUGAAAUUAUUGAAAUGAAUUAAGUCUAUUGGCUGGUUUCCAACUCAGCCUGCUUUAUUUAGCAGUUACAUUAGUUAUAGGCUUCAUUAAUGGCUUAUUGACUAUAUAAUGCUUGACUCAAGAGAAGUGUCUCUUUGCUAAUAUUACUGUUGAUAAAAACCUUUUUAACCACUAAAGCUUAGUAACUAAGGGUGAGCAAUAGUUACUUUUAAGUUUUAUUUUUAUUAUUAUUAUUAUUAUUAUUAUUAUUUCUUUAGAGCUUCUGUUCUUUCCAUUUUGAUUUACAGUUCUGUUGACUGCAUUUGUGCCUUAAGAUCUUAGACUUGGUCUACAACAAGAACCCUUUGUCGAGGAUCUUUUUGGCAAAUUAAGGUUCAGUCUCAACCUAGAAACCUAGUUAAAUUAGUUUAAAAAUGAAACUGAAAAAUCUGAUGGUCAAUGAAAAGAUUGUGUCAUAAAGACUGAAAUAACUGAAUUGUGUUUUAGAAUAGUGAUUACCUAAAGAGAGGAACUGGAUUCCAUUGCACAUAAACAACUGGAUUGGCUACUGUGUAGUAUUAUGUAGUUGUGCAGUUUUAAAAGUGCACAAAUGAGUUACUGCACGCUCGGAUUGACAUCACGUUGACAGGCAGUUUAGAUGAAGCCAUGGCAUUUGUCCAGAUGUCUGCGCACAGACAUGAAAGCUGUUAUUAUUAAACAAGAGUAAACUGAGAAUGUUGUAUUAUAUCUUUAGGGGGAUUUUGAAAUUCACUCCUCCAAUAUCAUCCUUUCAAAACUAUUUUAUGUGCAUAAAAGAAGUAUUCUUUUAAGUAAUGGACUAAACAAACAUUUUACUAUUAUUUUUUUUUUUCCAUGCAAUUUGGGGAAAUAAAUCGUAACAGAAUUUUACAGGAAUGACUUAUAAAUCUAACUAUUCCUGUUACGAACUAUUUUCUUUACCAUCUCAAAGUCAGAAACUUUAGUAUCAGGUCAUCCCCUUCAUCAAACCUCUCUUCUUCUAAAAGGGCCUAUGUAAAAUGUAUUUUAAAAAAUGGUUCUUUUCUUUGUUAAAGCAGAUAUAUAAUUCUAAAAUAUAUUGCAUUUUUUGUAUUUUAUCUUUGUAAUUGCAUUUUAUAUCCAAGUAAUAAUGAACAGCGUUUUAUAAAACUUUA